GCCGACUCUCGUACUUACCUGAGGCUGUCUUGGUCCUACCCGAAGGAUUGCGUGUCAGGACAGUACGUUUGUGAAGUCAUGGCGACCGACGCACAAGGAAACCCUCUUUUCUUCAACAGCAGCGCUACUGUGACGGUGCAGGAACCUUCUCGAGAGCUGCUGGUGGAGAAAAUUCAAGCUCUGGACACUCGACUGGAGCAGCAGAUUCUCCGUAACCACGGGAAUUUCCCCAGGCUCACCAGCUGUGACGAUCUCAGCAUUAAGAAUGGGUCGGCGGUCGUGACUUUGGACCCUUUAGACAACUUGGGAAAAGUCGACGUCGUUUGUGAGUUCAACGAGGAAGGAAAAUCGUGGACGGUAUUGCAGAACCGCUUUGAUGGGAGCGUGGAUUUCUACAGAAGCUUUCAAGACUACGAAAACGGUUUCGGAAACAUGACAGGAGAAUUCUGGAUGGGUUUGCAAACGUUGAGGCGUUUGGUCCAAACUGGUUAUUUUGAUCUGGAAAUUGACAUGGUCAGCAAUGCGGGCGAACACUACAACAGAACCUACUCCAACUUCACUAUCGGCCCAGGCCCGGGCUACGCUCUCAGUGUCAGUGGUUAUGACGACAAGAACAGAGGUUUGUCCUACAAUUCUGGCCGAGACUUCACCGCUUACGACAACAAUACUGGGUGUGCCAGAGAUUACCACGGCGGGUUUUGGUAUAGUGGGUGCACUCAAGUCAACCUGAACGGCAGAUGGGGUGUGCCAGGUCAGGAGAGUAUUUCCUGGUCUGAGAUCCACAGCUUUGACAAUUUUUGGAUGACAGAGACAACUAUGAAAUUCAGACCAAGCCAGUAAACAUCUAUAGACUUGUUUUAUAAUAUCCAAGACUGUGCACUCUGACGUAAUUCCGGUCCAUUUUGGGAUGUACCAUUUCACUCUAUUUGGAAACCGAAUGAACGUCAAGGAGGAAAGGUUGCCCGCGCACUCGACUACAGCAAGACUGGUGUUUUGUCCUUUAAGUGUUGCACUUGUCCUUAGGAAAUUUUGAGCACCCAUCUUGCACACUAGCGCAGGGAAGUUUUUAAUAAAGAGCAAAAAGCGAUGGCCAUGACAAUGUCUAAGGAUAUUACAAUUCAAGUCUAUAGUGGGGCCAUGUUUUCUAUAAAACACUGAGAACGACAAGAGGGAACACCCAUGAGAGAAAUAGUUCGGUUUCAAUUAUUCUUAAAGGAAUGUAACGGAUUUCAACAGAUUCUGAUGAAACAUUCUAAACCCGUUUAAAAACUCUCUGAAGUUUACGAUUUGAAAACAGGUCAGAUUCAUUCAGAGUCACAUCAGAAACAUUGGUUCGUAGAGUUACAUGACGACUUCAAAACACAAAGCAAGAACACUAAAUAAAACGGACUUGUAAAGCUUCUAACUCUGACUGACCUCGUCAGUUACUUGCCAUUGAUGACAUAGACAGACACCUUAGUGUACUCCACAACAGAUGUCCUUAUACACAAAGGAAAUGUCAUGUAAGUUAAAAAUCCAAAGCCUUUUAUUUUAUGACCUUCCUUCCUCCAACCAGCAUAUUAUGCAUCAUGUUUUGUAGGGUGAUUUGUUAUUGUUAGCC